CGUCAGAGAGCGGAGCGCACAGUGAGGCUGAGGCAGAGCACUACGGGUCGGUAUGGACCUCAAAAUUCCGAUGUGAAAGGGAGGGUAGGCCCGGCCGCACUAGCCACACACACCUGCCGCGCCGGCUCCCUUUCAGAAGUGGCGCUGCCGCUGCGCCUGCGCCUGCGCGGGCGUGUGUAGCGGGUUACCGAGCAGCAGCAGCAAGGCCAGCAGGCCAAUCACAUGCAUGUGCGCUGCCUGCCUCCUCCUCCUCACUGCCAUGUCGUCUUCCUCCUCUAUAAAUAAAGGUCCCCCCGUCCCGGCUGACCACCACCAACUUGCCAUUGCCUGCGCAGCGGAGCGAGCUACCACUACCUACCACACCACGCGAUCGACCAGGCCACACGGCCGGGUUGCCUUGACUAGUUGACUUGUGUCGGAAGCAGGGAGGGAGGGAGAGAAGAGAGCGCGCGCGCGAGCUGAGGGAAUGGAUGUGGAGAUGAGCUGCGCGGCGCCGGAGGCGGCGGCCGUCCCCGUCGACUGGCGCGGCCGCCCGUGCCGGCCGCGGCGGCACGGCGGCAUGCGCGCCGCCGUCUUCGUCCUAGGCGUCCAGGCGUUCGAGAUCAUGGCGAUAGCGGCGGUGGGGAACAACCUCAUCACCUACGUGUUCGGGGAGAUGCACUUCCCGCUGUCGCAGGCGGCCAACGUGGUGACCAACUUCGUCGGCACCAUCUUCCUCCUCGCCCUCCUCGGCGGCUUCCUCUCCGACUCCUACCUCGGCUGCUUCUGGACCAUGCUCAUCUUCGGCUUCGUCGAGCUCUCGGGCUUCAUACUGCUGUCCCUGCAAGCGCACCUGCCGCAGCUGAAGCCCGCGCCGUGCGACAUGUCGUCCACGGACGGCGGCUGCGAGAAGGCGAGCGGCUUCAAGUCGACCGUGUUCUUCCUGGCGCUGUACCUGGUGGCGCUGGGCAGCGGCUGCCUCAAGCCCAACAUGAUCGCGCACGGCGCGGACCAGUUCGACGCCGCCACCCCGGGCGGCGCCAACAGCCUGCCCACCUACUUCAACUCGGCCUACUUCAGCUUCUGCGCGGGCGAGCUGGUCGCCCUCACGGCGCUGGUCUGGGUGCAGACGCACUCCGGCAUGGACGUCGGCUUCGGCGUCUCCGCGGUCGCCAUGGCGGCGGGCCUCGCCAGCCUCGUCGCCGGCGCCGCCUUCUACCGCAAUAAGCCCCCGCAGGGCAGCAUCUUCGCGCCCGUUGCAAGGGUUUUCGUCGCUGCCUUCACCAAAAGGAAGCAAGUCUGCCCUUCCAGCUCCAAUUCUGUCAACGCCGGGGCUUGCGAGCCGGCGCGCCUCGCCGGCAACUUCCGCCACAACAACAAAUUCAGGUUCCUGGACAAGGCAUGCGUCCCGGCAGCGCCGCAGGGGCCGAACACGAAGCCGGAGAGCGCGUGGCGGCUGUGCACGGUGGCCGAGGUGCAGCAGGCAAAGACGCUCCUCGCCGUGACGCCCAUCUUCGCGUGCACCAUCGUCUUCAACACCGUGCUCGCGCAGCUGCAGACGUUCUCGGUGCAGCAGGGCAGCGCCAUGGACACGGCGCUCCCGCCGGGCUCGGGCUCGUUCCGCAUCCCGCCCGCGUCGCUGCAGGCCAUCCCGUACGCCCUGCUGCUGGCGCUCGUCCCGGCCUACGAGCUCCUCCUCGUCCCGCUCAUGAAGCGCCUCACGGGCACCCGGUCCGGGAUCACCCCGCUCCAGCGCAUCGGCGUCGGCCUCGCCACCCUCGCGUUCUCGAUGGUCGCGGCGGCCGACGUCGAGCGCAGGCGCCGGGACGCCGCCGCGGAGGGCCGCCAGAUGUCCGUCCUGUGGAUCGUGCCGCAGUUCCUCGUCUUCGGCGUGUCGGAGAUGUUCACCGCCGUGGGGCUCAUCGAGUUCUUCUACAAGCAGGCGUGCGCCGGCAUGCAGGCCUUCCUCACGGCGCUCACGUACUGUUCCUACGCGUUCGGGUUCUACCUCAGCUCGGUGCUCGUCUCGCUGGUCAACAGGGUCACGGCGAGGCACGGUGGCGCUGGGUGGCUCGGAGACAACAACCUCAACAAGGAUAGGCUGGACCUCUUCUACUGGAUGCUCGCCGUGCUCAGCGUGCUCAACUUCUGCUGCUACCUGCUCUGUGCCAGGUGGUACAAUGCUGGCGCACAGGGUUCCGAUGCAGCUGCCUCUGGUCUGGUGGCAUCUGAGGUUGAUGAUCGCAAGGAGAUCAUCUGAACAACUCAGGAAGAGAUUGAAACUGUAUAUGUCUAAUUCCAUCUAUAGACUAUAGCUGUAUGUAUACAUGCAUGCAUGAGAAAUAGUGACCAGAAAAUGAGCACUAGGAUAAAAUUAAGACCUCUCAUUUGGAUCAAUAGGAUGUAUAGUGUUUUAGGCAACUUUUUUAACGGAGAAAACCUCUUUCUAUUACGAA